AUGGAAAAUAGAAAAGGGAAGAAGGGCUACAUGAUGAUUAAGCUAGAUAUCGAAAAAGUGUAUGACAAGAUGAGUUGGGGUUUUAUCUUGGAGGUUUUGAACAACUUGGAAUUCAAUGGAAGCUUUGUAAAUUGGGUGCCAAAAUGUAUUGAGGUUGAGAAAAUGGGGUUGCUCCUAAAUGGUUCUGUGCAAGGAUUUAUUUACCCUUCAUGUGGGCUGCGACAAGGAGAUCCUCUAUCCCCAGUGUUAUUUAUAAUAGCAGCCGAUGUCCUUUCUAGAAUGCUCAUGGAUAAAAAUGCUACUGGGGAGAUUGCAGGCUUCAAGAUAUCAAGAAAUGGCCCUGCUAUUACCCACUUAAUGUUUGCUGAUGACAUUAUGUUGUUUGGAAAAGCCGCUCGAAAAGAAGCAGCGGCUUUGCUCAAUGCAUUGAAGAUUACUGUGCUUGGUCGGGCCAAUCAGUGA